UGUCAGGAACAGGGACGAUACAGCGAUUUGUAAACAUGGCUGUUGACGGGACCAGCGUGGCCCUACCGCAGUUUCUUAAGAAAAUAGAACUGAUAAAACAGGGUGCAGAAGCUCGUGUAUAUCGAGGGUCAUUUUUGGGCAAGCCAACCAUUGUAAAAGAAAGGUUUCCGAAAUCGUACAGGCACCCGUUGUUGGAUGAAAAACUCACACAUCGCAGAACCGUGCAAGAGGUGCGCUCAAUACUUCGCUGUCGAAAAGCUGGAAUAUCUGCACCAGUCGUCUACUUUGUAGACUACACCUCCCACUGCAUCUUCCUUGAAGACAUCGUCGGCUCCAUCACCGUACGAGACCACAUCGCCUCCACACAGCUCUCCUCUGCCCAGAAAAGCCCAGAGGAACGCCUGGACCAGCUCGCUAAGAAGAUGGGUCAGAUUCUGGCCAAAAUGCACGAUGAGGACGUUGUCCAUGGAGACUUGACCACUUCCAACAUGCUGUUGAAGGCGGGCGGAGAGACGGAGCUGGUCCUCAUUGACUUUGGCCUGAGCUACAUAUCGGCGUUGCCUGAGGACAAGGGAGUGGACAUGUACGUGCUGGAGAAAGCUUUCCUCAGCACCCACCCCAACACUGAGGCUCUGUUCGAGAAGCUGCUGAAGGCCUACGCAGCCUCGUCCAAGAAGUCCCACGCUGUCAUCAAAAAGCUUGACGAAGUUCGCUUGAGAGGGAGAAAGAGGUCGAUGGUCGGUUGA